AUGCCAGCGACGAAAUCAUCAUACGCGAGACUCAUGGCCAUGUGUGCGCUGAGUGCACAGCGACAGGAGAAAGGCGCUGUACUCUCGCAAAGAGCGGUCCCGACGGAUGCGACUGUGGCUCUGGCUAUCUAUCGCAAAGAAGUCAUCGAUGCCUUGCCACUGGACUUCGAGAACGCGGUAGAACAUUCAGACUUACAAGCUGCUGGUCUUACGUGCUUGGCCGCCAUGGAAUCUGGCGACAUGGAGCUAUUCCAUCGGCUUCUUGGCUGGUACCAUGCCGCGCUAGCCCGGCACAAACUUGCGGAUGAGAGUUGUUGGCCGGCUAACAUUUCUAACGUCGAGCGGGAGGAGCGCCGGAGACUUCACUGGUACAUGUAUCGGCUAGAAGUCCACUCCGCUCUUGUGCUUGGGCAUGUCGUGCGAUGUCCGGAGUUGCAAUGCCUGGUGUCUUAUCCAACACUGCCCGACCAGUCGCACGACGAAGCGGAGUGGCUGAGUGGCUGGAACUUCGUCACAGACCUUUAUCGCGGUAUCGAGCAUCUCCUCACCCUAUUCAAAGCACGGCGCAUGGUAUCUACGCAGCAAGGACGAAAGCUGAACACCGACUUCCGACUCGAUUACCGCCCUGAAGACCAUGUCUUGAAGCCAUUGGCCGCUGCAUUGGACGAGCUACCAACUCGAUUCAAACAUGCCGAGGCUUGCUCAGGAUUAGGUGCCCGAAAUCGCUGUGGCUUUCAAGCGGCGAACAUCAUCUGCACGUAUCAACUUCUCCGAGUGGUCUCCUUCACCGCAAGCGACAAUACCUUCCACGACGCGUGCCUCACAGUGAUGGCGCUAAUAGAAGAAAUAUCGACAAUUCCUAUCGAUAUCAUGCGAGCCAUGAGUCUGGGAAUGCUGCAGGAGCUGGCGGGGUUCGGUCAUCUUCUCAGCUGUUUCAUCAAGCGCGGUCUCUCGAGACCAGACUAUCAGCAUCUACGGACUGCCUUGAGUUGCAUGCUUGAGCUUCUCGACGCAUUGGCGUCCUCCAUCGACUCGGCGGCUGAAGCAGGCGAGCGACUGCGAACAUACAUUAGCGCAAUCGACAAACACCUUGGAAGCAUUCCUGCGCCUACGACUGCUGGCAUAGAUCAUGCAAAUACGUCGGCGUGGCUUGCCGACACGUCAAUCGAGGACUGGCUUCCACCGGAGAUGCACGAGAUUCCAUGGCCUUCAGAAUGGUCGGAUCAAUUCUUCAAUUCAUUGAACGAUGUCUAA